CAUCCGGUGGUGCCGGUUCGGAGAACAAAGCCGAAGGCGUCCUGCCGCUCGUCAUUGAGCAAAUUCUAGAAUCACCGGAGGGCGGAAUAACCCUGUUCGGACACCAGUAUGCGAUGAUAACGCUGGUGGCCAUCGUACGGAACGUCGACUACUCUUCAACCAAAGCUACGUACCAGCUAGAAGAUCAUACAGGUCAAAUUGAUGGCCAUUUGUGGAUCGAGGAUGAUAAUGCCUCCAGCGCACCGAACAUUGUACCGCAGUCGUACGCACGGGUGGUUGGAUCGCUACGCAACCAGGGUGGACAGAAGUCGAUCAUGAUAUUCAAGAUCGAUCAAAUCGAUUCCCCGAACGAGCUGACCACCCAUCUGCUGGAGGUGUUGCACGCACGGUACAAGGGUGAGGAGAAUAGCAAACGGAAAACCGAGCCGGGAUUGGAUACAAACGCCAAUGCCACCUCGAACGGUGGAUUUAUGGAAUCGGAUUCGGUUGGUGCAUCGCUUGGGUUGAACGGGAAGCAGCUGGCUGUGUACAAAGCUAUCAAAAGUCAUGUGUCUGAUAUUGGUAUCAGUCGCAAGGAGUUGCAGGCCAAAUUUACUCACAUCAAUCCAUCCGAGUUGCAGAGCAUCAUUGACCACAUGGGAAACGAAGGAAUGAUAUACACCACGGUCGAUACCGAUCAUUUCUUUUGUGUGGACGCAUAAAAUGCACG